UUCUCAAAAGAGAUUCACUCUGAAUUUUAAUAUCGCAAAAACUUAAUUAAUUUGGCAAAAAUAGGCAAAUAUAUGGAUUGAAGUAGAUAAUAGACUUACAACUGCCAUGAAUGUGACUGAAGGAUAAUUCAAGAGAACCUCAACUAGGGAGUAAAAGUGAUUUUUAAUUUAAGGCCCUUUCUAGUGUAUUUUUUUUUGUGUGUUGAUAUUAAAUUAAAUUUCGCAUUUAUCACAUAUAAAGUUAAUAAAUGUGAAUAGUAAUCUUCAUGAUUAGAUAAGUGAAAAGAAAGCUAUUUGUGUUGUGCAAAAGUUCGUAAUUUGAUCGAAUGAAAUAGUGCAGAAAAAUAAGAAGGAAAAAAAAAACAUCCAAGCAGUGAAAAGGAUUUCAUUUUUUAUGGAAAAUUAGGAGAAGAAAAAAGAAAGAAUAUCAGGGAGGAGCAUAUAGGAGUGAAAUACAGAGAACAGUGAAAAAAAAAUAUAAAAAAUAUUGUAAAGUUGGAAACCUGAGAAUUGUGUGUUUUAUGGAUGCCGAAUUAAUUCAUUGUCAUUUCUAUUAGAUGUAACUUAUAAUAAGCAUAAUUCGGAUGUGUUAUAUGUGUUAAACGAUGCACUUGAGUGUAAAUUAAAAUAUAUAAAUUCAAAAAAGAGAGCAUAGAACAUCCGGAAGUAGUUUAAGUCAUAUUUCUAUGAUAAGCGUUCAAUGAACUGAAUAAGAAGAAUAUAGUUAUCCAAAAAAGAAAGAAGCAGCAUCUAUACAAUUUAAGAGUAUACAUAAAAUAGUUUUUUUCUUAUUACUCUUUCUCUCUCUUCUGCUCUGCCUGCCUGCUGUAUAAAACUCACAAUACAAGACAUUUUACUCCCCCAUAUCCAUUAGAAUAUUCACAUACAUCAUGUUUCCCGAGCAAAGUAUCAUUGGGGCACGAGCCUCAGUAAUGAUCUAUGAUGAGAAUCUCAAGAAAUGGAUUCCAUCAGGCAAUUCGAGUGGUCUCAGUAAAGUCCAAAUAUUUCAUCAUAUACAAAAUAAUACGUUUCGUGUUGUUGGAAGAAAAUUACAAGAUCACGAAGUCGUCAUAAACUGCUCGAUCGUUAAAGGUCUAAAAUAUAAUCAGGCAACGGCAACGUUUCAUCAAUGGCGCGACUCUAAAUAUGUAUAUGGAUUAAAUUUUUCUAGUCAACAGGAUGCUGAGAAUUUUGCACGUGCUAUGAUGCACACAUUAGAGGUUUUAUGUGGACGAGCUGUGGCUGUGCCGCCAAAUACCCAACAGCAAACCUCCCAACCACAAAAUCAACAGCAGCAACAACAACAAAAUUCAUCAUAUGAUGAAGAUAUGGGAUAUCGAACGAUGACGAGAGAAGAUGCCGAUAUUGUGCUGAAUCAACAGCAACAACAGACACAAAUUUUGUCACCCCAAACGCCAACUUCACAAACUAUUCAACAGCAACAACUACAACAACAAAAUAUUCAAGGACAUCAUCGAGCAAGCAGCGCUCCUCAAGCACCACAAAUGCCAACGAUGUCAGUUAUGCCACAGCAACAGCCAAUGCAAAAUUAUCCACAACAAUAUCCAAUUUACGCGACCGGUCAGCCACAAAUGAAUCAAGUAAAUCAAAUGAAUCUUCAGCAACAGCCACAAAAUGGACAAAUUUACGUACCGUCUUCAAUAUCAAUUCAAAAUUCAUUAAAUAAUGCAGCAAAUGUACCAAAACAAGCACCAAUACCGCCAAUGAUGCCACCACAACAAAUAACUAAUAAUAAUGGCAACAGUAAUAAUCCAUAUGCACAUGGAAAUCAAAUGAUGCAGGCACAACAGCCAAUGCCAAUACCAAUACAGCAACAACAAAUAAUUCCACCAGCACCACAAUAUAUACCAACAUUGCAAACACAAACAAGCGUUCCUGCUGCUCCCCCACCUCCUCCUCCUUCUGGAUUUGGGAAUCCAAUACCGCCAUGUCCACCUCCAGCACCAAUGAUGCCGACAAAUAUAGCACAAGUAGCACCAAAUAAUGCAAUUGUUACGAAUAUUGCAAAUGGAGGCUCUGCACCUCCACCUCCUCCCCCAAUGCCAAUGAAUAGCUCUAAACCAGGAAUGGAUAUGGGAUCAUUAGCUGCACAGUUACAGCAAGCAAAAUUAAAGCGCACUAAUGCACCUCCAUCAACACAGCCUAAUGAAAAUAGUGGAAAUAGUACAUCAAGUAGCGGAAGUGGAGGUGCUGGAAAUUAUGGAACAAUUGGACGAACAGGAGGUGGUGGUGAAAUGGCAUCUAUGAUGGAUGAAAUGGCCAAGACUUUAGCUCGUCGUAGGGAGAGACAGAAGGAUUCUAGCACCCAAGACGUCGAUAGUGAUAAAUGGGAAAAGUCCAAUACAUUACCACAUAAGUUGAGUAGCAGUAAUUCACAAACACUUCCAUCAUCGUCAUCAUCAAAUGCAGCAUCAUCGCUCGCCGACUCACCUCAAUCCCGUAAACGUUUCGGCAGUGCCUCUGAAGAGACAAUUUUAAAGCAAGUAAAUGGUGGAGAUAGCUUUUCAUUGCCACCAUCAUUUGAUAUGAAGGCUUUUAAGGCGGAUAUCCUAAAAGAAAUGCGCAGCGAAAUUACCAAAGCAAAGAAUGAAAUCAUUGACGCUAUCAAAGUAGAACUUAAUCGACGCCGAUAAAUACUAGUGCUGAUUAUUUUAUAUUCAUCGAUCUACAGUUAAUUUUUAAUUUCCUAUUUCCUUAAAAUUAACUACAUAUUAAAAUUUAUAAGACGCAGAUGGGAGAAUUUUUUGUCUUAUUGAAGUAUUUAUACACUUACUAUACGCAUUUACGAAUUGAUAACAAAAGAAAAUAAGAUAAAAAGUUGAAUGAAUGAAAAACCGCAAGAAAAUGACAUUAUUAUCCCGUGACAUCCAAUUCUAAUCAAAUUUCUAUUUAAAUUAAGGUAAAUACAUUAUAUACACAUAAUUAUAACUACCUUUAAUAAUAAUUAAAAAAAAAUCACAAGAAGAAAACAUUCAAUAUCUAAUAAUAUUGUUUUGGAUAUGGACGAGUGAGGGGAUCAUUCAUUGAUGAUGUCUACAUUUUUGGGGGUAUGAAUUGGGUCUUAAGCAGUGACAAAUCUAAUGCUGGAAUGAAAAUAUUGUGGAAAAAGGGUUUUAAAAUUCAAUUGUCACAAAACUUCAAUUCAAAAUAUGAUUUUUUCAAAAAUCUCAGACCCCUCCGUCUCCCCUUAAACUAUGUGACAUCAUAAGUGAAUGACUCCUAAAUGAGUCAUGGCCAAUAAAAAGCUAUUGUUACAACAUAAUAUUUUAUGAGAAAAGUAAAAUGAAAAAAGAAUAUGAAACUUUAGUUACACAACAACACAUAUACCUAAUAUACAAUGAUGAAAAAGUUUUAUUUUAAUUUACUUCUUUUUCUGUAUUUUGAUAUCCGGCAGUAAAAGAAUUUUUUUAUAUGCAUAUAAUUAAAGUAU